AUGGUAUUUGUCAUUUUGAAGCUGGACGGUCCGUUAUUCAGCUUUAGAUUUGCAGAUUUCUCCGGUCUUACAGCUGUCGUGGGCCUCAAUUCGGCAAUUCGCCUUCCCACAGCUGAGACUGUCUUUGGGUUUCUCUUCACAAAACCGUCGAACACGCUUCCCACGUCUGAUGGCCCCCUAGCUUCGCUCAAAGCCGUAUUAUGGCCGCCUCCGGACGUAAUUCCAUGGUUCACUCCACGCGAAGGCCUUUUUUGGAUCGCUGCUAGGCUCAAAGCAACCGCUGUUACUCCGCUGUCGGUGGAUGCAGUAGUUGUCGUCAACACGAAUUCCUCGAUACAGCUCGUUAUCUUUGGCGUAGCAGUUGUCGAUCCCCCUAGUAUGCAAUCCAAGUUCAAAUUUGCGCAUGCAGAGCUGGGCAUUGCCUGUGUCUUUGAUCCGGCUGCUGGUAAAUUCCAGUUGGACGCUCAGCCUUCGCCUCGCAGUUAUGUAUUGCACGAAAGCUGCCACUUGACAGGCGGCAUGGCGCUCUAUGCGUGGGCUGAGACAGGAGACUUUAUUCUCACGCUGGUCGGCUGCCAUCAGGCCUUUGUGGUGCCCACAGCCUAUCCUGUGCCAUCACGUCUCGGUAUAGCAUGGUCUCUGAGUGAUAAUCUGCGUAUCUCGGGCGAAGCCUAUCUUGCCAUGACGGCACGCAUUCUGCGGUUGACGGGGGCGUCUCAGUUUGGCGUCCGACUUACUCUCGACUUGUGGCUCGUCACCAGCCGCAUGGAUGCCGAGAUUGGUGCCCGUCUGAAUGUGUUGGGUCCGCCAAUGGCUGGCAGAGUGCACGUCGACUUUUGGGUCUUUGGUUUCGAUAUUGAGUUUGGCGACCGCAGUGCUGCGCUGACCGAGGGCAUGCUAAUAAACUGA